CUGCGCGCCCUACUGCGCACGAUCCUCCAGAUCCAUUGACGUCCCUGCCGCGCCAUCUUUAGAAAACACUAAGCGCAACCAGUCUGUGAGCGCAACGCUGAAUGAAACUUAAUUUUCGCCGUUUGUGAGAACUGCUCGCUGUAUGGAGUGAUAUCCUUGGGUUUCCAGCUGUUUUGAUCAGUAGAGGUGAUCAUGGGUAUCAAGGCUCAGCGCACUCGGUGCUUCCUUGACAUUGGAAUCAGUAAUGUACUCGUCGGCAGAGUUGUGGUGGAAUUGUUUUCAGACAUCUGUCCCAAAACAUGUGAAAACUUCAGGUGCCUCUGCACAGGUGAGAAAGGCAUUGGUAAAGGAACUCAGAAACCCCUGCACUACAAAGGAUGUCUGUUCCAUCGAAUUGUAAAAGACUUUAUGAUUCAAGGAGGAGACUUCAGUGAAGGUAAUGGAAGAGGAGGCGAAUCCAUCUACGGAGGCUUUUUUGAAGAUGAAAGCUUUGCUGUGAAACACAACAAGGAGUACCUGCUGUCUAUGGCCAAUAGAGGCAAAGAUACAAAUGGAUCACAGUUUUUCAUAACAACAAAACCCUCACCGCAUCUGGAUGGUGUCCAUGUAGUUUUUGGUCAUGUGAUUUCUGGCCAAGAGGUUGUUCAAACCAUGGAGAGCCAGAAAACGGAUCCUAAUAGCAGACCAUAUGCUGACGUGAAAGUUUUGAACUGUGGAGAGCUCAUCCCCAAAUCUAAAGCAAAGAAAGAUGGAAAAAAGAAAGAGCGGGCCUCUUCCAGUUCCAGCAGUAGCUCCACCGACUCUGCGAGCUCAUCCGCAUCCUCCUCUGAUUCUGAAGAAUCAGAGAAAGAAUCUAAGAAGAGGAAAAAGAAGGCGAAAAAACUAAAAAAGAAGCAGAAGAAGAAGGAAAAGAAAAGGUCAGAGGCUGAAAGUGCUGAAGAGAAAGAACAAGAAGAGUUGGUUACAUCUACUGUACGUCCUGAGGAAAUUCCACCCAUCCCAGAGAAUCGAUUCCUCAUGAGGAGGAGUCCCCAGCUGGCCCAGAAGUCAAAUGAGGAGCCAGAAAAGGUGCCGCGAAAUAAAGAGGAAAGGCAGAGAGAGAGUACUGGCUCAUUUAAUUCUCAGUCAGCGUUUCACAGGAGAUUAGUGAUGACACGAUCCGGGAGGAAGAUAAAAGGCAGGGGUCCAAGGCGGUAUCGGACUCCGUCACGCUCUCGUUCAAGGUCCAGAGAUCGUUUUCGCCGCAGUGAAACCCCUCCACACUGGCGUCAGGAGAUGAACCGUCAAAGGAUGAGGCCACUCACUGGAGAGCGCUGGAUCAAGGGUGACCGAGGUGACAUGGAUGAGGCCGCUAAACCUCCAAGAAGAGAGAGACGGACCUCCGACUCAAAGCAUGAACACUCAGCUGAGGGUAAAAAAGACAAGAAAACUCAGUCACAUAGGUCCAAAAGCAAAGAAGACCGUGCUGUUGAGAAGGAUGAGAAGCAUAGCAAACACAAGGCAAAGAAAAGAGAAAAGUCUCAAAGCCGCAGUAAAAGCAGAGAAAAGAGUAGGAGGUCAAAAAGCAGAGAAAAGUCUCAGAAACACAAAAGUGAUGACAGGAGAGGUCUCUCAAGGAGCAAAGACCGAAAUGCUAAUAAAAAAGAGGAGUCAGAAUCUGAUCAUAAUAAAGAUAGAAAUAAGGGCCAAGAGUCUGAUAAAAAGCAUAAAGAGGAUACCAAAGGAAGAAAUGGUGAGAGAACUAGGGCAAAGUCUCAAAGCAAGGAAAGAACAACUACAAAAGAUGGACACAGAUCAGGUAGCAGGAACAGGGAAAGGAGUGGACCUGCAGUAUCAAAAGACAAAGAAGAAAAACGAGAAAAGGACAGAGGGGGGAGGGGCAGAGAACGUAGCAGGAGUCAGGAAAGACGACACAACAGCGAAAGGGAGAAUAAGAGGCGCCAAACAUCCAGGGAUAAGGAAUUUCGAACAAGAAGUCCAGAUAGAAACAAGCCAAGAGACUCGCACAGAAGCAGGCGCUCCAGGAGCAAGAGUAACAAGAGAGACCACAGCAAAGACGGGUCAUCUUAUAGAAAGGACAGAGACAGAGAAGUUGCCAACCAAAGGCGAAAACAUAGCAGCAGCUCUGAGAAUGAUAGAGACGACAAACGGAAGAGUCAAAAAAGCCCAGAACGCAAAUGGAGCCGAGCAAAAAGUACUUCCAAAUCCAAAGACCGAAGAAGCCCGGCAAAACCAAGACCGGAUAGUACAAAAGGCAGAGACAGAAACGACAGCAAGAGGAAUAAAUCAAGCUCUAGCUCUGACAGCGACUGAGCCUGUGAUGAGAUCCUAAAGGAACAGAUUGGGAGUUUUGAAGUCUGUCUGUCCAUAUCUUUUUACCCAUUACACACACACACAAUAUGCAGCACCAGCUUUCCAUCCACAGUGGGACUAAUUCACAUUCCUCAUUUAGUGCAAAACCCUCACUCCACAGCUCAGCCAAAGCUAACACAAUUGUCAAAUUCUGUCAAAGCUAAUUCUCAAAACUGACUUGCAACCAUGUGAGCUUUGGCUGAACUGUGGACUUCAAUUUGGUACUGUGAAUGAAUGGAAGUUGUGGAUUUGUCCCCCAUUAAGUGCAUUACACUGUUGAUGGGUAGGUGAAGCUGCAUUGUGGUCAGUUAAGAGAAAAGGCUUUGUUACUGGCAAAGCAGUUCACCUACAGUGUGUAAGUACCAUUUUUUCGUUUGACCAGAGAGUCAGUUUGAAGGCUGUUUGUUUUGAGUUCUUUGGUAAAUUAUUUUUUGGCUUUAGAUCCAUUUAAAAAAAAAAAAGUCUUUCCCCCUGAUUUCUCCAGUAAUUUGUUUUAAUGUUAUUUAACAGUUUGUUUAGGGGAUAAGGACGUCUAAGUUUGGCGUGCUGUGAUUCAAACUUGUCAAGUUGUUUUUACUUCAACAAUCAAUCUGGAAGAGAAUACAUACUUUCUUGCAUGCUUAUCCCUGCCAUGUUAGACGAAAUAUGUACAUACAUAACUUUGUUUUGUACAUCCACAGCAUUUUACUGUAAUCCUGUUUGUUAACUGAUUUUGAGAUACCUCUGGUUUGUUUUUUUUUUUGAAUGAAAAAACAUGUCAUGCUGUAAGUACAAUAUUAAAUCAAUUUGUAUAA